GUCUCAGAAGCCUCAGCAGGAGUUCUGGACCAACUGUCACAGAAGAACCAUGAAGUUUAUGGCAGCUAUCUGUCUCUUCGCCACGAGCGCGAGCACACAGGCUGGGUAUUCAGGGCUCGUUAGUCUUGAUGGAAAAAACGUUCAGUUCAAACGCGACUUUGCACACGGAAGUGUAUUUAUUGGACAUUCUGGCAUCGUAACAAAAGAUGGUAAUAACCUCCAGCUGACUGGAGGCCAGGCUGCCCUCCAUGCUGCCUCUCCACCAGCACCUCAGCCCGUGUCUCAGCUUGUCCUGACCCGCAGCGUCGUUGGUCCCUCAGGAAUCGUGAGUCCUGCCGGAAAUGUUCAGUUCACUCAAGAGAUGGUUGACAACAUCGUGCUGGUUGGUCCCCCUGUCAUUUUGACCAAGAGUGGCAAAAAGGUCCAAUUCAACGACCAAGGGCUUCCUCUCACCAAGCGCAGUGUCGGCUUUGUCCUGCUCAAGGAUAACUUGGGUCAUUCUGGCAUUGUUAGGGCUGACAGCAUUUUUGAACUGUUCAGCCACGACCUCGCCCACAAUAUUGUGGGAGAUUCUGGCAUCUUGAACUAGGAAAUUAAAGACAUCUAGAUCUAGAAUGGUGCUCAGCGAUGGUACUCUGGUGCAGAGGCGUCCCAAGCGUAGUCUCGUGGGUCCCUCUGGCAUGAUCACCGCAGACCGCACCCCUAUCUAAUUUCUCGCCCACGCUAAGGCCGUCGCCACUGAUCAAUCUGGCAUCAUCUUCUCCACCGGGCGGAACGUUCAGUUUUCUUAGAAAGACCACCGCAUAUGCACCAGGGCUUUAUUUAGUCUUUAUUUUCAUGUGGCCAACUUCUCUGCGUUUCUGACAAAAGAUAAAUAUUCAAAACGAUGUACAGAUAAAAAAAAAUUUCCUUAGAUAUUCUAAUAAAUGUAACUGAAGCUGCUA